ACCACCACCACCCCCAGUAAAGGGCGCGCGCGGGGCCGGGGACGCCGCGGGGCCCCACCGCCUCCCUCGCCACGACCCCGGAUGGAUGCGCGCCCCCCGCCCUCCCGCGCCGGCCCCAGGAGCUCCUGGUUUCGGGAGCAUCCUUCCCGCGCCGGCCCCCGCCGCGGCGCGUAGCGGAGGGCAGCGCCCCUCGGGAAGGGCCACGGCGGAGCCAGGCUUGGCCAGAGUGCCAGCUUCCUUCUCUGAAGAAGAGAUCAGCAGGAGCCAGCAGAUGCCAAUGGGCAGCCAGAUAUGGAAGCGAGCGGACCAAACUUUUCCCUCUCUGAGAUGAAGAGCAGGAUGGAAGAGAAGAGGCGAAAAUACUCCAUCAGCAGCGACAACUCGGACACCACUGACAGUCAUGCUACAUCUGCAUCAGCAUCUGCAUCCGUGUCUGCAUCAGCCUCAAGAUGCUCCAAGUUGCCCAGCAGUACCAAGUCGGGCUGGCCCCGGCAGAACGAGAAGAAGCCUUCCGAGGUUUUCCGGACCGACUUGAUUACAGCUAUGAAGAUCCCAGAUUCAUACCAGCUCAGCCCAGAUGAUUAUUACAUCCUGGCGGACCCAUGGCGACAGGAAUGGGAGAAAGGUGUGCAAGUUCCUGCUGGGGCCGAAGCUAUUCCAGAGCCUGUGGUGAGGCUCCUGCCGCCCUUGGAAGGCCCCUCGACAUCCUCAAGCAACUCUGCACUUGGUGAGGGCUCCCAGCCUGCCUGGACUAGCCGCUAUGACCUGGAUGAGAUCGAUGUCUAUUGGCUGGAAAUCCUCAACUCAGAGCUCAAGUUGAUGGAGAGACCUGAGCUGGAUGAGUUGACUUUAGAGCGUGUGCUGGAGGAGCUGGAGACAUUGUGCCACCAGAAUAUGACACGAGCCAUUGAGACACAGGAGGGGCUGGGCAUCGAGUACGACGAGGACGUCGUAUGUGAUGUGUGUCGCUCUCCUGAGGGUGAGGACGGCAACGAGAUGGUCUUCUGUGACAAAUGCAACGUCUGUGUCCACCAGGCAUGCUACGGGAUCCUCAAGGUGCCUACGGGGAGCUGGCUGUGCCGGACGUGUGCCCUGGGAGUCCAGCCAAAGUGCCUGCUCUGCCCCAAGCGAGGAGGAGCCCUGAAGCCCACUAGAAGUGGGACCAAGUGGGUGCACGUCAGCUGCGCCCUGUGGAUUCCUGAGGUCAGCAUCGGCUGCCCAGAGAAGAUGGAGCCCAUCACCAAGAUCUCACAUAUUCCAGCCAGCCGCUGGGCCCUGUCCUGCAGCCUGUGUAAGGAAUGCACAGGUACCUGCAUCCAGUGUUCCAUGCCUUCCUGCGUCACGGCAUUUCACGUCACAUGCGCCUUUGACCACAGCUUGGAAAUGCGAACUAUCUUAGCAGACAACGAUGAGGUCAAGUUCAAGUCAUUCUGCCAGGAGCACAGCGAUGGAGGCCCAAGGGCCGAGCCUCCAUCAGAGUCCGUGGAGCCCAGCCAGGCCGGGGAGGACCUGGAGAAGGUGACACUGCGCAAGCAGCGGCUACAGCAGCUGGAGGAAGACUUCUACGAGCUGGUGGACCCGGCUGAGGUGGCCGAGCGGCUGGACCUGGCUGAGUCCCUGGUUGACUUUAUCUACCAGUACUGGAAGUUGAAGAGGAAAGCCAACUCCAACCAGCCACUACUGACGCCCAAGACGGAUGAGGUGGACAAUUUGGCCCAACAGGAACAAGAUGUCCUGUACCGCCGCCUAAAGCUGUUCACACACCUGCGGCAGGACCUGGAGCGGGUUAGAAAUCUGUGCUACAUGGUGACAAGACGCGAGAGGACGAAACAGGCCAUCUGCAAGCUCCAGGAGCAGAUAUUCCACCUGCAGAUGAAGGUCGUCGAGCAGGAUUUGUCUCGAGAGCAGUCCGGAAAGAGAGCGAAGGGUAAGAAGAGCGACUCUAAGAGGAAAGGCCGCGAGGGUCCUAAGGGCAGCAGCCCUGAGAAGAAGGAGAAAGUAAAGGCUGGGCCUGACUCAGUUCUGGGGCAGCUGGGCUUAUCCACCUCAUUCCCUAUCGACGGCACCUUCUUCAACAGCUGGCUGGCACAAUCCGUCCAGAUCACAGCAGAAGACAUGGCCAUGAGCGAAUGGUCACUCAACAAUGGGCACCGCGAAGACCCUGCUCCGGGGCUGCUGUCAGAGGAACUCCUGCAGGACGAGGAGACCCUGCUCAGCUUCAUGAGGGACCCCUCGCUGCGACCUGGUGACCCUGCCCGGAAGGCUCGAGGCCGUACCCGUCUCCCCUCUAAGAAGAAACCCCCACCACUGCAGGAGGGGCCUGGCUCACUGACCACUUCAGACAAGCACUCGAAGAAGCCCUGGAGCCAGGAUGCAAGCAAUGGCAAAGGCGGGCAAGGGCCUCCCCCGACCAGGAAGCCACCACGGCGGAUAUCUUCCCACUUACCGUCCAGCCCUACAGCUGGGGACUGUCCUGUCCCAGCAGUCCCGGAAAGCCCCCCACCACUGGCCCCGGGGACUCCGGAUGAGGCAGCCCCAAUGGCUGCUGACUCGAAUGUCCAAGUGCCUGGCCCUAUGGUGAGCCCCAAGUCCUUGGGCCGGCUGCGGCCACCCCGUGAGAGCAAGGUCACUCGGCGAUCACUGGGUGCCAGGCCCGAUUCUGGGACAGGACCACCUACCCCUGUGGCUGAGAGGCCGAAGGUCAGCCUGCAUUUUGACACCGAGGCUGAUGGCUACUUCUCUGAUGGGGAAUUGAGCGACUCGGACGUAGAAGCAGAGGACAGUGGUGUACAGCGGGGCUCCAGGGAGGCAGGGGCUGAGGAGGUAGUCCGUAUGGGGGUACUCGCCUCCUAACUUACCCCUACCCAUACCCCGGGCCCUGCCCUUGACCCCUAUAAGGCCUCAGCCCGAUUACAACUGCCAUUUCCAACUGCUGAGUGUCCCAGACUCCCUGACGCUGCCACUCUAUUGUGGUUUUAUUUUUAAUAUAGAGAGAGUUUUGAAUUCCACACUGUUGUCUUUCCUCUGUGCUGGCCUAGGACAUUAGGAUUUCUUCCAUGGCUCUGGUCACAGGGACUGUGCCAGGCCUUGUACCACCCCUGUCCUGGCCCAUGAAGCAUUGCUGGGCUUCUGGCUAGGUGUAGGUAAGGUGAGGAAGAGCUCAGGACUCCUGCCCGCUGCCACUAGGUGACACAGACUGUCGUUUGGGCAUUAUUUUAUGGCAGAUGGGCCUGCCCCGCCUUGCCCCCAAAUUGUACUGGGGCCUACUUUUUUUGUUUUUGUUUUUUUUCUUUGGAGGGGGUCCUGCUGCACUCUACUGAUCCCCAAGGAAGUAUAAUAAGUGUACCAGAGUCUACUCACUGUAAACAAGCACAACGAGUUUAUAUGAGAAAGCACUGAGGGGGUGCAGGGGGCCCAACUGGUUCCUGACCAACCCAUAUCAUCGUAAGGCCUGCCCCCCCCUUGCCGCCCUCCCCUUCUUGCUGCUUUACCCCUGCCAGUGCCCAGCCCAGCGGCUCUGGGAAGGGAUGUCCCAAAAUCCUUCCUUUAGCUGUUGCCAUUUACUCAGGGGACUCCCCCAAACAGCCAGCCACCAGUGCAGGUGGAGGGCUCCUAGUGAGGCCCAGUGCCCAGCCAGGGCCGGGGAUGUGGGGCUCAGACCAGCCCACUGCAGAGAAUUACUCUGGGGGCUCCAACUUCCUUCCUUCCUUCGGGGCAGCCUCCGCUGAAGUCUGAUGACUCCUCUCUGGAGUUGGCCAGACCAGACCAUUGCCUUUCCAAAUUACCUAGUUCUGUUAAAGAGAUGAGCUUCUUCCUCUGUUUCCUUCUGGAAACGUCUCCUUCCAACAAGCAGUGGGAUCCCGGGGCCCAAGGCAGGCCAGUUUUGGCCUGCUGGGGCUAGUUGAAGACUUGCUGGAUGCUCCUAUGUUCCUCCAUCCCUUUGGCGCCUUAACCCCUCUUCCCCACCCCAUCCCCUCCUUCCCCCCUCCCCCCUUCUCUCCCCCUCCCCCCUUCCAAGUCCCAGGUUGUUGUGAAGAGUUUCAAUGGAGUGGCCCCAGGGUGAUAGCUCAGGGAACAAAUCAAAAAGGAAUUCCGUGAACUUUUUUUCUUUUCUUUUUCUUUUUUUUUUUUUCUUUUUUGCUUUGAUCAAUGAUUCCUGGGUCACUUCCACCACUGGUUUAAAAAAAUAAAUAAAAAAAAAAAAAUUAAAAAAAAAAAAAGUUACAAAGCCAGAACUUCUCCAACCAGAAACCUUGGAAAAGUCCAGUGAAAUUAGUCGAAUCACUCUGUGGAUGCCAAAGAAUAUUUUGACCAUAAUUCACAGCACAGUCUGGGCCUGACAACUUGUCACUUGGACUUCUUUCAAUGGAGUUCUUACGCAACAAAAGUACAGACACACAAGUCACGGCGCAAUCCACGGAGAAGUAAGACCAGGCCUGAACCCCAGGCCCUGGGAGGAAGGGGCUUUUGCUGCUUCUGCUGCUGUUGCUGGCCGUUGGAUUUCAGACCCUGGGCUGGGCCACUGUGAGCGUUCCUAUACUCUUUUUUUUUUUUUUUUUUUUCUUUUGAGACACACAUACACCCCCCCCCAGGCGGGAAGUGGGGAGUGGGGGGGUCCUGACUGUGAAGCCAGCGUGGGAACCUGUCUUGACACCUGUUUACCCACGCAAAUGCACAAAGAGCAAAUAAUGCGGAAUAGGGGACGGCUUGGUCUACUCACCCUGACUGCAAAACCUAUCCAAAGGUACGACAGUGGCAUUGGAUUCCUGACAGUUCACAGAAUACAGAUACAAAGAUGAUGACUUUUUUGUUUUUGUUUUCUUUCCAGUUCAGAGGCAUCAGACCCAUCUGUCUGAGCCAAGUGGACUCUUGAGAGCAUGGGGUGGGCUCCAAGGAUCCUGGGCGCUUUAGGGGAUGGCAUGAGCUACCACGUAGACUUAGUCUGCCCACCCGCCCGCCUUGGCAAUAGUGUGGUGUUGUCAUCAGCAUCCCCACCCCCAGUCUCUGUUUACUGCCUUCAAACAGAUCUUUCUUCCCUGUGCUUUCAGUCACUAUGGGUCAAAACCUUGUCUUCUGGCUUGCUUGGUCUGACCCUGUAACGAGCAAAGGGGUGAGUUAAAGAACAACCAAACGCUGCCAGGGCUCGAGUGGCUAACAGGGCUUAGGAUGCAGCUGUGAUCUCACUGCGGGUCCCUCACCCUUUUGUGGCAUUCUGGGGCAGCAGGGGCUGGGCUGUGGGUAGGGGAUGAAGGAAUCUGGUCUCUAGCUUUGGGGCUGGCCAAGCUCCAGGACCAAGCAGACAGGCAGAUGGAUGGCUGGCCUGUGUCUGGCUUUGGAUGCUGGCCUCUCUCCUCCUUCUGGCCCAUGUCCUGUUGGCCAGACUCCAGGUGUCUACGAGACCAGAAUCCUUUCACUUCCAGGCCAGUCUUCAUCAGGCAGCUGUCCACCACCUCCAGGAAGUCCUCCAGGCCACAAGGAGGAUGAGGGGUAUCAGUUUCCUUCCUCCCAGUUCCCUUCAGCCCGUUCCCUGUUAGCCACCAGCCCCUGCCCUCUUCCUGCCACGUCUACAAUGUAGACAGCUUUGGCACCCCUAUGACCCUGGCAGGAUCCUUUUCCAGCCUAGGGGCAGAUCUUUCUCGUACCCACCUUCAGCGCUGCUUCUCAGAGAGGCAGCCACCACUCUGUUAACUCAUUCUUGCCCAUCCUGGCCACCGUCCACCUCCUUCCCUCCCUCUAAGGAAAGUAUUUUUGUGUAUCGUAAGUGUAUUUUGAAAUAAGGAGAAGAAAGGUAGAAGAUGUGUUUAUUUUAUUAAAUGCGCUCUGACGAUGGCAGCGGGUAUCAUGUAAAAGGCCUCCGAUUUGGGGAGAGGCCACCUAGGGUAUGGUAUGGCCAGUGUGGGCACAUACCAGUUCAGGGGUAUAUCUGGAGACUUGGCUGCCCCAUGGUAACUAAUACUGGCAACAGCUGGACCGGCAUUUCCUUGUUCGCUGCCAGAUGGGGCCCAUGCUCUGUAGAACAAUCUGGAUCCUGGUAGCAAGAUCCCUGGGGGAAGCAUCUAUGCUCAGCCCUUGGCCUGACCUUUGGUUGUUCUUUAACUUCCUGUCCCCUCCCUCAGAGACACAAAACCCUUUUGUGGUCCAAAUGGUUGGGGGGGGGGUGUUGAGGGAGGGUGGCAGUGUGGGGGGGAAAUAACAUGAAUGUCACAGGAGGAGACCCCUUCUGUCUUUGCUUCAAAGAAAAGUGAUGUGCCAUUUGUUAAUAUACAAGAGAAAUAUUGAAAAUAUAUUGAAAAGAGCAAUUUUAAAUUAUUUUUGGCUUAUGUUGCAAUAUUUAUUUUCUUGUAUUAGAAAAGAUUCCUUUGUAGAGAAAAAAAUGUAUUUUUCAUUACUGCAAAAGACCUAUUUCUCCUUUUUGUACAUUGUUCUGUGUUGGCAGCCCUCAACGAGCAAUAGAAUGUACGGCUGCUCCCGUGCGGCCAGUACCUCUGUGCCCUGCAUGGUUCUGUGUUGCUGCUGCAUAGCCCCCAAACCCCCAUCCUGUCCUGCUCACUCUUGGGGGGGCUUCUAGACGCUGACCCCCGCCAGGGUCUGUGUCUGAGGACCCCUCGACACUCCUCAUUUGUUGGCAAAUGCAGUUAAUAAAGCGAUGUUUUCUGUG